AUUGACAGAUGUGUUUGUGUUUUUUUUUGUGUUACCAGUUGCCGGACCAGUAACCGGAAGAGCCUGAUCCUGACCAGUACCUCCCCGACUCUCCCCCGGCCGCACUCUCCGCUGCCUGGACACCUAGGAAGCAGUCCGUUGGACAGUCCACGUAAUUUCUCGCCUAGUGGCCCCGCCCACUUUUCCUUUGCAUCCUCAAGAAGGGCUGAUGGGCGAAGAUGGUCCCUCGCAUCUUUACCUUCCUCAGGAUAUGGAACCAACACACCCAGUUCGACGUCCAGUUCAAAUGAGGGGAGCCGGCUGCACCAGCUGCCCUACCAGCCCACCAUGGACGAACUCCACUUCCUGUCCAAGCACUUCGGCAGCACGGAGAGCAUCACCGACGACGACGGUGGGCGGCGGUCCCCCAACGUCCGCCCGCGCUCUCGCAGCUCUAGCCCGGGGCGAUCGCCGUCCUGCUAUGACAAUGAAAUAGUGAUGAUGAACCAUGUCUACAAGGAGCGCUUCCCGAAGGCCACGGCCCAGAUGGAGGAGCGUCUGGCCGAGUUCAUCCACAGCUACUCCCCCGAGAGCGUGCUGCCGCUGGCCGACGGGGUCCUCAGCUUCAUCCACCACCAGAUCGCCGAGCUGUCCAGGGACUGCCUGACCAAGUCUCGCGAGGGCCUCAUAACCACCGUCUACUUCUGCGAGCUCCAGGAGAACCUGGAGAAGCUGCUGCAUGACGCUUAUGAGCGCUCGGAGAACUCAGAGCUCACCUUCGUCACAGAGCUGGUAAAGAAGCUCUUCAUCAUCAUCUCUCGCCCAGCCAGACUCCUGGAGUGCCUGGAGUUCAACCCGGAGGAGUUCUACCACCUCCUGGAGGCUGCGGAGGACCACGCCAAGGAGGGCCAGCUCAUGGGCACCGACAUCCCCCGCUACAUCAUCAGCCAGCUGGGCCUCACCCGCGACCCCCUGGAGGACAUCGUGGGGUUGGACAGCUAUGACAGCGAGGGGCCGCACACACCGGAGACCGACGACUCAGCGGAGGGGAAGUCGCAGCCGAUGAAGCCUCCGUGUGAGGAAGACUUCCAGACCAUUAAACUGAUCAGUAACGGUGCUUAUGGUGCGGUGUACCUGGUGCGCCACAGAGAGACCCGGCAGCGCUUCGCCAUGAAGAAGAUCAACAAGCAGAACCUGACCCUGAGGAACGAGAUCCAGCAGGCCUUCGUGGAGCGAGACAUCCUGACCUUCGCCGAGAACCCCUUCGUGGUGUCCAUGUUCUGCUCCUUCCAGACCCGCCGCCACCUCUGCAUGGUCAUGGAGUACGUCGAGGGGGGCGACUGCGCCACCCUGCUGAAGAACAUCGGGGCCCUCCCCGUGGACCUGGCCCGGAUGUACUUCGCCGAGACCGUCCUGGCGCUGGAGUACCUGCACAACUACGGCAUCGUCCACAGGGACCUGAAGCCUGACAACCUGCUCAUCACCUCCAUGGGCCACGUGAAGCUGACAGACUUCGGCCUGUCCAAGAUGGGCCUGAUGAGCCUCACCACCAACCUGUACGAGGGACACAUAGAGAAGGACGCCAGGGAGUUCCUCGACAAACAGGUGUGCGGCACCCCAGAGUACAUCGCCCCGGAGGUGAUCCUGCGGCAGGGCUACGGGAAGCCGGUGGACUGGUGGGCCAUGGGCAUCAUCCUGUACGAGUUCCUGGUGGGCUGCGUGCCCUUCUUUGGGGACACCCCCGAGGAGCUCUUCGGACAGGUGAUCACAGACGACAUUGUGUGGCCUGAUGGAGAGGAGGCCCUGCCUGCCGACUCCGAGGCCCUGAUCUCAACCCUGCUGCAGACCAACCCCCUCAUGAGGCUGGGCACAGGGGGAGCGUUCGAAGUGAAGCAGCAUCCGUUCUUCUCUGAUCUGGACUGGAACAGCCUGCUGAGGCAGAAGGCCGAGUUCAUCCCACACCUGGAGUCCGAGGAGGACACCAGCUACUUUGACACGCGGUCCGAGCGUUACCGCCAUAUCAACGCGUACGAGGAGGACGACACCAACGACGACGAGCCCGUGGAGAUCAGACAGUUCUCCUCCUGCUCACCGCGCUUCAGCAAGGUGUACAGCAGCAUGGAGCAUCUCUCCCAGCUGGAGCAGAAGGGCAGCAGCAGCUCGGUGACCCGGCGCGAGCACCGGGGCUCCCGGGAAGAGAAGAAGUCCAAGAGAGAGAGCCUGGGCAGCUUCGGCAUGAGGGACAAGAGCUGGAGGACCAGCUCCCCCGAGAUGAAGCGUCUGUCCUGCUCCGAGUCCCUGUACUCGGAGGGGGACUCCAGCCCCCCGCUGGGGGCGCGCCGCCGCUUCUCCGCCCUGAUGGACACCCACCGCUUCGCCUCCCCGAUGGAGGGCGAGCCGGACCCCCUGUCCCGCCAGACCCCCGUCAAGGCCCGCGGGACCUCGCUGGACGGGGCCUUCGGCGCCCCGCCCCUCAGCCUGCUGGAGCAGAGGGCCGCCCCCCGGGAGGCCAACGCCGCCCCCCUCGGCCUGACGGAGCCCCGCGGCGGCGGCCCCAAGGAGGCCGACGGAGCAGACCCCAAGCCCCCAAGGCCAGGGGAGGGACCGCCGGCCCCCGGCCACGCCGACCCCGGCCUGGACCAGGACGUGGUGGCCCCUCUGUUCGACCACCAGGGGCCCCGGGCCACCAACGACCUGGUCCUACGGCGGGCACGGCACCAGCAGAUGUCGGGGGACGGGCCCGAGAAGCGGGCCUCCAGGGCGGGGAACAAGGUCACCAAGUCGGCCUCGGCGACUGCCCUCUCCGUCAUCAUCCCCGCAGUGGAGCACUGUGGGAGCUUCUCCCCGCUGGCCAGCCCCAUGUCCCCCUGCUCCUUCUCCUCCAACCCCUCCUCCCGGGACUCCUCCCCCAGCCGGGACUUCUGCCCGGCGGUCAGCGUGCUGCGCUCCCCCAUCACCAUCCACCGCUCGGGGAAGAAGUACGGCUUCACGCUGCGGGCCAUCCGGGUCUACAUCGGGGACAGCGACGUCUACAGCGUGCACCACAUCGUCUGGCAUGUGGAGGACACCGGUCCUGCCCAGGAGGCGGGGCUAUGUGCCGGUGACCUCAUCACCCACGUCAACGGCGAGUCCGUCCACGGAUUGGUCCACACCGAGGUGGUGGAGCUCAUCCUGAAGAGUGGGAACAAGGUGACCGUUACCACCACUCCCUUUGAGAACACCUCCAUCAAGGUGGGGCCGGCCAGGAAGGCCAGCUACAAGUGUAAGAUGGCCCGGCGCAACAGGAAGACCCCGGCCAGGGAGAGCCAGGACAUCGUCUCCUCGGGGCUGGCGUCCUGCGGUAAGAAGCGGAGCUCCUUGUUCCGCAAGAUCACCAAGCAGUCCAACCUGCUGCACACCAGCCGCAGCCUGUCCUCGCUCAACCGCUCGCUGUCCUCCGGCGACAGCCUGCCUGCCUCCCCCACCCACGCCCUCUCCGCCCGCUCCCCCACGCAGGCCUACCGCGGCGCAGCCGAGGCCCCGGGGGCCUACCUGGGGACCUCCCCCCAGAGCAGCUCCCCGGCCUCCAGCACCCCCAACUCCCCGGCCGCCCAGCAGCACAUGAGGCCCAGCUCGCUGCACGGCCUCUCCCCGAAGCUGCAGCGCCAGUACCGCUCGGCCCGCUGCAAGUCGGCCGGCAACAUCCCGCUGUCCCCGCUGGCCCACACGCCCUCCCCCACCCAGGCGUCCCCGCCCACGCUGCCGGGCCACACCGUGGGCAGCUCCAACACCACCCAGACCUUCCCCGCCAAGCUGCACUCCUCGCCCCCCGUGGUGCGGCCGCGGCCCAAGAGCGCCGAGCCCCCGCGCUCGCCGCUCCUCAAGCGGGUGCAGUCGGCGGAGAAGCUGGGCUCCCCGCUGCUGGGCCAGCCCGGCGCCACGGGGGGCCUGGGGGGCCCGCUCCGCAAGCACAGCCUGGAGGCCCAGCACUCGGACUACCGCAAGGACGUGUUCCUGUGCGAGGGCGGCCUCCAGAGCCUGCUGGAGACGGACGGGGAGAGCCUGCCGCCGCCGCCCCCGCACAUGGCCCCGGGCUCCAUGUCGCCGUCGUCGUCGGGGUCGUCCGGGUCGCCCGGGUCGUCGUCGUCCAUCGCCCCGGAGACCGGCGUGCUGAAGCCCGCCAGGAGGCUGGGCCGGCAGGAGUCGCCGCUCAGCAGGGAAACCCUCCUGGCCGGGAGGGAGAGGGAGAGGGAGAGGGAGAGGGAGAGGGAGAGGGAGAGCGAGGUGGAGCGAGAGAGGGAAUACAAGGCAGCCCUCGAGGCGUCUGAGACCCAGUCGUCGCUGCACAGAAGGCUCGGCACCAGCCACUCCCCCGUCGGCCUGCAGAGCUUCAAGCUGCAGUCCCAGAGCGGGGCGGUCGCCAAACCUCCGACUCCCGGUACGCCGACCAGGAUCCCCGCGGGCCUUGGCGGGCUCCGGGGCCACGAUAAGAGCAGUGAGGGCCACGGCGAUCUGUCUCCAAAACAACACCAACAGGACAUGAAACCGUUUUCCAACGCCAGUUAUCUGCAGCAGAACCAGGUGAUCAGAACGGAACCAAAACACACGGGGGACUCCCGGUCGGGGGCCGGCUGGCCCGGGCUACCCAGCGGGGGUAAGAUCCCAAACGCUAACCUCCCUCCGGAGCAAAGCACCUGCAUGUCGACGGGGGGAGGGGCGACCGCCAUGAACAAACCCUUCAGGGCCCAGGCCGCGGGGAAGAGUGGCGCGGACGGCAACGGCCUGAAGAGCUCCGACCUGGGCUCCAAGAGCCCCAAGCUCGCGGCGCGGGUCCUGGCCCCCGUGGUCCCGCCCCACGGCCAGCCCCUGUCCCUGGGCAAGGGCAGGCAGGGCCUGGGCCCCGUCAACUGCUACCGGGGCACGCUGGACUGGGAGGACAAGUGCCGCCUGGAGGUGGUGGAGGAGGGCUCCCCCAGCCCCUCCCCCUCCCCCACCGCCACGGCGCCCUCGCUCUGCGGGCCGUCGCUCUGCAAGGCGCGGCCCGCCUCCCCCGGCGACAAGACCAGCUUCGUCUCCCAGCUGACGUCCGUGGCCAAGACGGUCCUGGGGCCCAUCAAGACGGUGACCCAGGACGUGGUGAGGAGCCGGGAGCAGCCGCCCCGGGCGCCGGAGGAGAGGCAGGGGGGCGCGGUGUCGUCGCAGCCGGAGCAGCAGGCGCCGACAGGGAGUGGCUCCGCCACGCCCAAAGCAAAGUGGGACCCGGUAGAGGGGCCGGGGAAGGGGCCCCCGAGGGACAAAGACAUGCCUUUUGAGAGAACAGUGCAGCAGAAGACAAGCACCUGAAAGGAAACAUUGUACAUUCCCUAGCUCUGAGUGUGUCGGGCACUUCAUGAGUGGAUUCCAGCUGCGGUCUCCUUUAGAAUCAGGGUCGGUCAAAACAGCUGCCACAACGGUGCAUUCUCUGUUUUUUUUUUUCUAAGCUAAAGUAUCUAUUUAAUAUAUCUGAAUCCUCCAUGUUGUGUAGACCUCUAUAUCAGAUGUGUGUCUGUGCGUGUGUGUGGCCGGGUGUCUGUGUGAAUGCAUGUAUUACGAUACGUAUGUAUUAUAGGUACACAAAGGUCGAAAAGUGCUUUACCAAUCAAAACAUGCUGAAUACUGUGAAUACCAAAUCCUACUCAAUUUUGCACUUUUCUUUGCAGAAUUUCUUUUCACGUUAAUCGAAAAGGACAAUGCGGAAAACUCACAAGCAAAGACUGGGUUACAAACAAACAAACUGCGAUGUUGGCAUAACCCGGAACAACCAACGCCGCGUUAGGAAUUAAAGGUGUCAGUGAGUCCGUAGCGACUCGGCAGCGGUCCAAACGGGUUGACCCGCGGAGGAAGGCGUUGUGCAGUUAAUGUCCCAUCAUGCUGCAUGUCCUCGUCGUCCUCUGUUUCUCUGUGUCUUCCUGGGUCCAGAUGCUGGCAUUGGGCGGCCAUCUUGGCUCCGUUUCCAGGGGUUGCAGUAGAGCCAGUUGCAGCUGGGCUCUGGGGCGGAGCUUAUCUCUGUCUCACAGGACGGCCACCAGCGGCGCAGCUGCUGAGUCAUUCUGACACUCACAUGCCUACAUAUACAUACACACACCCACACACACACACACACACACACACACACACACACACACAAACAAUGCAUACAUACAUGUGCAUACACUGACAAGCACACACACACACCCACACACAAACACAUAGCAUGCACAAACACAAACAUACAGCCACACACAGAUAGCCUACGCACACACAUGCAGGAAACAUACAAACACACACAGCAUACACAUACAGUACACCUACACAAACAAGAACACACACACAAACACACAUUUGGCCAUGCAUACUUAAACACACACACACACAUGAAUAUAUAACAAACACACCAUGCACACAAGUGCACAUAGACACAGACAAACAACAAACACAACAAACACAUUGACAAACAUUGGCAUGACAGCGAAUGAACAGAGGGAGGAAAGAUUGGUUAAAGUAUGAUCUCAUUCAACCAGUGAAGCUGACCCAGUUUCAUAGUUUUAUCUACGGUUGUAUUUUUUUUGUGUCUAUCAAGUGAGUCAAAUUUUACAAUCAAAUCACCGAAGACCGUCCUUGUAGAUAGCUGUAGAGCCCAGGUAACAUAGGAGUGCUGUAACUUUGUACAGCACAAUCAUGCAUUCAUUUGAUGAAGCCAAAACACACAAGAACGUAGAUGUAGCAUUAUGUUUUUUCACUGAAAGGGCGUCCACUAGAUAAGGUUGUAUUUGUUGUACAUAAUGAUCCUGCAAACAAAGGGAACUCAACUCAAAAAAUGGUUGGCCUCCAUAGAAAAAGGUUUAACUCAUUAUACUGUUCAGUAGGAGAAGUCUCGGAAUAUGAAGUCAGAGAUGGGAUACACCACGACGAAGGAUACAAAUGGACCCACAGCAUAACAGAACAUCUAAAUUUCGCACAGUCUGGCCUUGCUAUUUUCUUCAGUCUCAAUAACUUGCUAUUCAUUAUUAUGCAAAACAAUUGCAGCUGUCGGUGAGGCCUGCCCUAUAUCAUUACAAACAUAUACAAUUGAAACUAAAUGUUGCGAUGUGUGGAACAUAUACACAUAUAUACAUUGGGUUUCCCUUUGGAAGCAGCAGAUAAUGUUGGGUAUGGUCCUAUACUGCCCUCAAGUGCUACAGAGUGGUAAUUGGUUGAAUAUUUUGGAGAGCGGCAUGGGAAUGAUCAGGGGGGAGCCCGUGUUAUGUGAGAAUUGCAACUACCGUGCCCCAUACACCUCACGUCCCCGAGAGUUGCCAUUAUUCAACAUAUACAGAACAACGACACAACACACCUAUCCCACGAACAUAACUGCCUCGGUUACGCUGUUCCCUAGCCGAUCCCACCUGUCACGGAGAUGUAAUCCCACCCAUCAAUCACAUUCAUAAUUCUUAGCAGUGAACCAGAACAAGGAUCCCUUGCGGAAACCCGGAACAUGGCGACCACGGCUGUGAUUGCUUAACGCCCCCACCUGACUGCAUUCAAACCAAAAGCGAAGGCGCGACGCAAAUACAUACAAUGCAAAGAUGUGAAUAGAUGCACAUUUUUCGCCGGAUAAGCAGCGCCUCGCCUCGAGUGUGGCAAAACGUGGCAAUGCCCCGCACUCUCUAGUCACGGCUGCUUGUGGGAGUAUAGCACUUAGUCGAUGGAAGUGCUUAAAACCAGGAUAUUCAAUUCCACCACUAGUCCGUAUGGUCCACACAGUACUCGUUCGAAAUUCAGAAUGUAAAUCGUCCAAUCGUAUGGCCGAACGCACUCUGCAAGUUGCAUCAAUUAACGGAAGUUCAACUUUUGUCCCGCCCCUUCAAUGCAAGCCUUUCCAGAAUCCCUUGCCCCAGGCGAGAACGCCACCAAUGCAAAGUGAACGGGAGACGAGGGCCACACUCGAGGCCACACGUUUGCUGCGGCCGAGCCGUUACACUUGCCGCGAUCAUCCGCUUGUAUGCGAGCAUACCCAGAAUCCCUUGCCAAACGCGAACACGCGUACAGCACGCAUCAAAUACAAAGUAAAUGGGAGCUGUUUUCCACAUUCAAGGCUAUGCAUUUGGUGGGGCCGAGCCAUGAAUGGCGCAGCGCGAAUGAUUGCGCGUAUAUUGCAAAUUCAAUUAAAUAUUUGGACUUUAAUGCAAAUUAGGCUUGAUGCUGAAUCACUCACGUGAGAAAGGUUUGUGCGAGCAACCUUGCCCAAGUAACGCAAGUAAAAUGUUCGCUUCGCUUUGAAGCAGAUGGCUUGAAUGGCGCGACCCAAACAACCUGGUUCACAGGGAUUUUGCGUGAUUCUUCUUGCACAAACAAGGCAGAUUUUCAUGUUUUAUCUUUGGCGCAAAUUUCGCUUGAUGCUGAAUCACUCGCAAGAAAGGUUUUCGGUUCGAUCAAGCAACCUCGCCCGAGUAACGCGAGCUGAAUAUUUGAUUUGCUUUUGGUUUGAACUCAUCCUAAGCGGUCGGUCAUCACCGAAGGCCCCAUCACCCAGCACAAAGUCCCUCAAGUGUUCAGGAAGGGCCGGCACUGACAGGGCCGACAGGGCCGCUCAAGAAAGGCAACGGCAGGUGGACCUACAUUGGGUUCUACAGCCGUUACCGGCUGCAGAUGAGACGGAAGGAAUGUCCUAGAUAAGAGGCUGACCUGUGGGACUGUUCUAGAACAUCCCCAUCCUGAGGAUCACCAAGGGGUACGAGGCCCGCUGGUACCCUGGCCAAGUUCAUGCAGCCACCACUAUCCAGAAGAACCAGACGAUGUGUGUGGCUCGCCAGCUCUUCAGAGACAGGCAGGCAGUGGCCCUGGCCGUGCAGACCAUCCUCGGGGCCUACAUGGCCAGGCAGAAGUACCAAGCACUGCUGCGUGAGAGCAAGGGUGGGGUGAUCCAGAAGCACGUGCGCGCCUUGCUAGCACGACGAGCAGCACAAAGACAACCACAGCCCGACGGAGAGGCCAGUGGUUCUAGAGACCACCCUUGCGAACGCACACCGAGCUGUGCAGCCUAGAGGAGGAAUCCAACCGGGAGAGCUAAGAGAGGCUAAAGAAGGAGCUGGCCACUACCCAGAACGAGGAGAAGGGCAUCCAGGACUGGGCCCAGAAGUACCGGGACGAGAUGGAGAAGAGGGUAUCCGGGUUGAAGUCGCAGAAUGGAUUGCUGGAGGCGGAGGAGGAUGACCUUAACAGAAUGAUUCAGGAACAGAGUCAACAGAUGAUAGAGGUAAUUGCAAAGGUGAAGGUGACAAAGGUGUGAGCGAUCGUGGAGGAGUCUGAGCUAAACGAGGAGCGUUCUUGCUCCAAGAACGUCCUAACGAGCACCUCCGCCUGGAGGAGAAAUAGGACGACCACAAAGAGAAUGUUGCUCUUUUCUCCUUCAACCUUCUGGUGGAGCUGCUGGGAGAAGGCCAGCAGUCAAUCAGGCCGGGCGCGGGCACAAGCACCUCAGCAACAAGCUCAUCAAGGGGCCAGCCCUCCAGCAGGGAGCACAAGAAGCCACUACCCCCCCCCCCCCCCCCCCCCCACUAGAGCCGUUGAAUCCAACCCAAUGAGUUCAAGUUGAUGUUCUUGUUUGACGCCAGGCGGACCGUGCAGCAGCUCCGACCCUGCAGAGUCCUGGAGACCAUCCUCAUCCCCGCAGAAGGCUUUCCAUCCAGGCAAACCAGACCCAAGAAGGAGCUGUAAGAAGUCCCAACUGUGAGAUAGUCCAAACCAUCCCAGGAUCCCUUUGCGGCAGACUGAACCACGGCAACCAUCGCUGUGAUCGCCACAAUAUUGUAGCAGCCCUGCUUUUAUUUGCACAAGCACCACACAGGUGGUUUAGUGGAACUAGAUGACGGUAGACUGGGUACCCCCAGCCCAUUCUGUCGGCGAUUUGAAUUCGCCCUGCAGAAGGGUUUGGAGAAGAGCAAUACAUUUCUUUCUGCUUCAGACACGUUUUUGCGGGAGCUAAUCACCAAGCUGGCUUUUCCACCUUACGCUCUGUUGGCUGGUUUAACACAAUGACGACAGGGAAGCGAAGGCAAGCAGACAGUUGCGUACAAGGUCGUUUGAACUAGGCCAGUGGAUCACACCUCUUGUGCUGAGAAAAUGAGAGCAGCCUCCCCAGACCAACGUGCAAUCUACAUUUGAGCUUUGUCUGGCAAUAGCCAAGCUAAAACGAAGGCAGAACAUGUGCUCUUCUAUUUACCUAACAACAAAUUCCCGCGCUCUCUCCCCUACCUGUAUCUCACCACCCCAAGGCCCGCCCCCUCCCUCUGAUCACCCAAUCACAACAGAAACACUGAACCAAUACGUCUCAAGAUGUUCAACUUAGAACUAUAUGAUUCCAUUACCCUCAAUUCAACUAAGGAAAGUGUGUUUUGGCCACACUCACAAUUGCAUAUAAGGUAGAGUUUAUUACAUAAUUGAUUAGUUAAACACAGAGACUGGCAGUAAUUUACUAAAUCCACUCUAGAAAUGCAAAUAAUUGUUUUAGUUUUAUUCACCAACUUCAUUCUACAUUAUGGCAUAUACACACUAUCCACCGUUUAUAUAUUGAUGUAAUGCAGUUAUUCGUUCUUAAGUCAACCAAACUCGAUAAGUAUUUAGGCGAUAUGUAAUUCAAGCAUUUCCAUGACUCCAUACAAGUGUUACAUGUAUGAAGUUGCGUAUUAGUCCCCUCUGACUAAUAAACGAGUAGUAUGAAAUGCACUUUAUUCAAAUGUUUACUAUCAUGUUUAAUCUAUACAGAAUUACAGGUGGUACUGUGUAUAGGAAUGGUUUGAAUAUGAGCAUAAAUCCAGUAUAUGACGACAUUCCAUGUUUCUCUGUACACUGACAUUGUAUUUAUUUGUGUCAUAGGGCAUUUAUGUUGGUGAUAGAUGUAAUUAUACGGCAGACACCUGAAGUGCAGUAUGUUAAAUAAAUAAUACGAUUUGA